AUGACAAGGUUUGAAGAUUUAUCAAAUGAAUUACUUUUUAAUAUAUUCGAGCACUUUGAUGCCUAUCAACUUCACUUUACUUUCGGACAAUUAAACAGUCGUUUCAAUUCGUUACUUGCAAAUGCUCGCGUCCAUUUUGAUCUUGAUCCAAUUCCAUUAAAUGAAUUUGCAUUCUUUGCUCUUUCACUUAAUGCGAACCAUAUUCUAUCUUUUAAUUCACGAACUUUAGAAAAGACACGUUCGUGGCUUUUUGACAACAAUGAAGUCUUACAACAAUUUUCUAAAAUUCGUGCACUUACCUUGUUCAAUGUUUCUUAUGGAAUUAUCAACCGAUUACACGAACGUCUUCCCAGUUUGAAGGGUGUACUUAUUUACGUUAAAAUUGCUGACGCCGCAAAAGCAACCGAAAAUGCUCAUCAAGAUGAAUAUAUUUACUUCAAACAUUGGUGUCCAACUCAUGAGUUUUGUUCGAAUAAAUUUCCGUUUCUUCGUUAUUUAAUUACGGACACAGAUUACAAUCAUCAAGCGUUUGGCUGUUUAACUCCGACAAUAUCAGCAAUCACAUAUUUUAAAAUAGGCUACAUUUAUUCUAUCAUUUGGCUUCUUCAUCUCUUCCGAUACUCACCUCAAUUAAAAAUAUUGCAUGUAGAAGAGUUUGGUGGUGUAUUAGAUGAUGAUGAUUAUCGAAAUCGUAUUCCAACCAAAAAGCCAAUCAUAUUUCCAUGUGCUCUCAAUUUGCAUAUUCUUGUUCUUAAAAUUUGUUAUUUUGAACCAAUCGCUAUUGAAUAUAUUUUUCGUGCAUGUCCACACUUAAAACAAUUCGAUUUGAAUUCUGCAUUGGAUUACUAUACCCAUAAUGAUGCGAUUCGACAACAAAUCCAUGACCGCAUGUUUUGGCAAUCAAUGAUACAUCAAUGGGGGCAAAAUUUAAUCAGGCUAAAUAUAACUAUUAAAGUUAACGAUGAUUCUAUAGAUGAAGAUCUCACUACUGAAUUUUGGCGACUUAGAUUCUGGCAUGUGAGAACUUCACACUCACCACCUUAUUUCAUAAUUGAAACGGAUGAAAAGGUUCUUGGGAGCUCUUUGUUACGUAAAAUAUAA